GCAUCGCACAGAAACAUAUCCCACACAGGUCUCGUCCUUCCAUCUCCAAGGGGAAGAGCUGCUUCACUCGUCCAUCAGUGUGAUUAGUCCCAUAGAUUCCCGCGUCUCUGCAGUCGACAACAUGGAGAAAAACGUGUCUUCAAGCCUCAACGUGACUUCAUUUCCGACCCAGCUCCCUCUCAAUACCACGGGUGAAAUCAAUGCCACGGCAAAACCCUUCAGCGUGUUUGAUGGGUGUGAUGACCUGCACGAGGGCAUUCUCUUUGACUUGACCCUGCAGUGCAUCAAUGUGUUUGUGGGAAUCCCCGCCAACGUGCUUGUCCUCGCCGUCCUCAUACGCAAUCGCAAAGAACCCUCCACUUCAGACAUAUUCCUGGGCUGCCUGGCCUUCAUGGACGCCUACUUCAGCUGCAUACCCCCUAUCAUAUUAUUGAACCUCUACCUCUGGAAGAGCAAAGGAGUGUGGUCCGCCAUUAAGUUCUCCUACGGUGUGAAAGACACCAGCGGGCCCUUGUUUCUUUCCUGCAUCUGCCUCGAUCGAUUUAUAGCUGUGGUCUUUCCAAUUCAGUUUGGGCAACUCAAACACAUUAAGUACAGGUUAAGCCUCUCGGUGGUGGUUCUCUGCCUCACCUUUGCCUAUUCAGCAGCCAAGACAGUGGGAGGCCUCCCCAACUUUGAGAAGGUGUUCACAGGUGAGAUCCUGGCAACGUUUACUUGGAUGGUUGUGUGUAACGUGAGCAUCCUGUACACCCUGAAAAGGUCCCGAGGUGCAGGGAAAGAUGAGAUGCACCCUAUGAAGAAGAAAGCCUUUAAGAUGGUGCUCUCGAUCCUUUGCAUCAUUGUGUUUAACUACCUGCCUCCUGUGGCACUCUUCCCGUUUGAAGACUACUACUCCUCUGAUGCGUUUCGCUGCUACGUGCAGCCUGUCGGCUUCGCCUUCCUCAACAUCAGCAGCACGAUCCAGCCGCUUGUUUACCUGUGUCGUCUGGAGAAAGUGCCGUUCCUCCCCGACAGCUGGGUUAAGAAGUGUUCUUCCUGUUUUGCCCCUGAAAGUAACAAAAGCCCACCAGCACAAAACCAAACGGCUUGA